GGGGGCGCGGGCGGCGGAGCGGCGGGGACCCCGGCACGAGACUCCCCCGGUGCCCGGAGGCCGCCUCACAUGACCGGGCUCUAAGCGGAGUUUUCUGAGCGGGUUUGUCUUCUGCAGGAAGAGGGUCUGUGCUGCUCUGUUCCAGCCGUCUUUCCCUUGGAAGAUGUGGAAAGCUUCGGCAGGCCACGCCGUGUCCAUCACCCAGGACGACGGGGGAGCCGACGACUGGGAGACUGACCCCGAUUUUGUGAACGACGUGAGUGAGAAAGAACAGCGAUGGGGGGCCAAGACCGUGCAGGGGUCCGGGCACCAGGAGCACAUCAACAUACACAAGCUGAGGGAGAAUGUGUUUCAAGAACACCAGACCCUCAAGGAGAAGGAACUUGAAACGGGCCCGAAAGCGUCGCAUGGCUACGGGGGGAAGUUCGGCGUGGAGCAGGACCGGAUGGACAGGUCGGCCGUGGGCCACGAGUACCAGUCCAAGCUGUCCAAGCACUGCUCGCAGGUGGACUCCGUCCGUGGCUUCGGAGGCAAGUUUGGUGUCCAGGUGGACAGGGUUGACCAGUCGGCCGUGGGCUUCGAGUACCAGGGGAAGACUGAGAAGCAUGCCUCGCAGAAAGACUACUCGAGCGGCUUUGGCGGCAAGUUCGGCGUGCAGGCUGACCGGGUGGACAAGAGCGCUGUGGGCUUCGACUACCAGGGCCGCACGGAGAAGCACGAGUCGCAGAAAGAUUACUCCAAAGGUUUUGGCGGCAAGUACGGCAUCGACAAGGACAAGGUGGACAAGAGCGCUGUGGGCUUCGAGUACCAGGGCCGCACGGAGAAGCACGAGUCGCAGAAAGACUAUGUGAAAGGGUUUGGAGGGAAGUUUGGUGUGCAGACAGACAGACAAGACAAGUGUGCCCUUGGCUGGGACCACCAGGAGAAAUUGCAGCUGCAUGAAUCCCAAAAAGAUUAUAAGGCUGGUUUCGGAGGCAGAUUUGGUGUUCAGUCCGAGAGGCAGGACUCCUGUGCUGUGGGGUUUGAUUACAAGGAGAGACUGGCCAAGCACGAGUCCCAGCAAGACUAUUCCAAAGGAUUCGGUGGGAAAUACGGGGUGCAGAAGGACCGCAUGGACAAGAAUGCGGCCACCUUUGAGGACAGCGCCCAGGUGACCUCCAGCUACCAGAAGACAGUCCCUGUUGAGGCAGCGAACAGCAAGGCCAGCAGCAUCCGGGCCAACUUUGAGAACCUGGCGAAGGAGCAGGAGCAGGAGGACAGGCGGAAGGCAGAGGCGGAGCGGGCGCAGCGCAUGGCCAAGGAGCGGCAGGAGCAGGAGCAGGCCCGGCGACAGCUGGCUGAGCAAGCCCGGGCCCAGAAGCAGACGCCCCCUGCGUCGCCGAGCCCCCAGCCGGCCCGGGAAAGGCCUCCGAGCCCCGUCUACGAGGACACGGCUCCGUUCAAGGCUGAGCCAGGCUACCGGGACACCGAGAAUGGGAGCGGGCCUGAACCUGUGCACAGCGUGGAGGCUGCAGAGUACCAGGAGCUCCGCGACCCGGCUUACGCCCAGGAGGCUGUCUACGAGACCACUGAGGCCCCGGGCCUCUACCAGGCUGAGGAGAACACCUACGACGAGUAUGAGAACGAUCUCGGGGUCACCGCCAUCGCCCUCUACGACUACCAGGCUGCGGGCGAUGACGAGAUCUCCUUCGACCCCGACGACGUCAUCACCAACAUCGAGAUGAUCGACGAGGGCUGGUGGCGGGGGCUGUGCAAGGGCAGCUACGGGCUCUUCCCCGCCAACUACGUGGAGCUGCGGCAGUAGCCCCCGCCGCGCCCGCGCCGCCCGCACGUCCACGCGCAGAACCCGCUGAUCCGCUGUCCCCGCGUUCCGGGGCUUGGCCCUUCUCUUCACUGCUUCAGGCGUUUCCUUACCUCUCGGGGGCUCUGUGGGCCCCUCCGGUCUCUCCAGGUCAUGGCCUCGGCCCCCCCAUGGAGCCUCGAGGCGGGGCGCUGGCCUGGUGGCGGGGGAGGGGCUGAGGCCCCGCGGGCGUGCUGGCCUGGGGGACGCGCGGCCUGCUCCGGCAGCCUGUCCUCCGCGGGGAGGUAGAGGACGGCGACCCCCGACCGGUGGGUGGACCGGUGGGUGGACCGGCGGAGAGGCCGGGGCGUCAGGCGCACGCUCUGGCGGGGUCUCCGGGAGGUGGCAGGGCAGUGGCCGGUGCUGGGCUUGGGGGCCGGCGCGCCGGGGCCUCCCCGAGGACGUCCGUGGCGCCUCGCUUUGCUGGUCCCGGCGGGUUUUAUAUGCAAUGACUAUGAUUUCCGUAGCACACCUCAGAGGUAUGACUUUUUAAAUUAAAUAUUCCAAAUAAACUUUUUUUGAUCCACCUGCUGCUCACCCAGCUUCGGCACUCGGCCUCUUCGUUCUGAU